UACAGCCCUGAAACGUCGAUAAAGAGACAAGUCAGUUCAUGGAUAGCUCUGCUACGAAGUCGUUUACUUGAUAGAGUUUUCAUCAAUUUUCUCAAAUUUAAAAAAUUUCAUACUAGUGACUGAAAAAUGAUUUCAAGAUUAAUGGUUAAAUGCUAGAUAUAAUUUUAUUUAUUUUUACGAUCUAAUGUUUCAAGAAAGAAAAUUUAAAAAUUUUAAAUUACAUUUUACUUAUAGGAAUAAUAUGUACUCCAAAUGCUCUUUUGGACUCUCUUCUGGACUGUUUGAUAGUACUGAAAUUGUUCUAAUAUAAUCUUAAUUAUACUUGAAUGAGGCUGAGAAAGAUUGAGGUUUUCAAAUCAAUAUGGACAAACCUAUGAAGACGAUUCAAAUUAUUGUGCGAAACCUUGAUGUUAAUGGUAGUGCUUGUCAAAAAGAAAGCGAAAUAAAUCAAGUACAAAUUCCUUUCAACAUAAAUACAGAGGAAAUAAAAAAUAUCAUAUGUCACUCUUUAUGCAUCAAAAACUAUAAUAUGAAAAUAAUAAAAAUGAGAACAUCUGAUCAUGAAAUAAUUCCGUUCAAAACUGUACUGCGGAAUUUUCCAAUUGAGAAAGUAUUUGUUCUCGAAAUAAAAGAUGACGUAGGUUGUAAAAAUUUAGGAAAGUUUGAGACGAGUGGUGCUACGAGUCAUCAUCAUCCAAUUAUCGAUUUGGAAUUAAUGGAACUUGAAAAAAAAAUAAUAGCAAUUGAAAAUGAUCUUCCUGAACUAGUAUUAAAUGAAUACAAAAUAAUGGAAAGGACUUCAAGAAAAAUCACUAAUUGUGCUGAGCAUUUAGAACGUAUAGUACAAGAAUACAGCUAGAGCAAUUAAAUUUAUUGAUUUUUAAAUAACUAUAAAUAUAAUGUUCCAUGAAAUUUGACACAAUUUUAUGAACAAAUCCAAAAUACUUCAUUUUCUGAUGCUUUAGAGUAAAGUUAGCGCAUAAACGCAGCAAGCAAGAUGUGAAUGAUGAAAAGGAGGCAUAAAUAUGAAUUUACAACAAGGCUCUAAAAUGGCGUACAAUACUCAUG